AUGAUUUUGUGGGAACUGCACAUCUCGAUCGUGCUGACCGGACUUUCGAUCUGUGCGAGCAUCCUCGUCGCCGGAGAAUCGCCGACGUGCUUGACGGUGUACCGUGAAGGCGGCGCGCCGGCGGUGUUCCAAUCCCCAAAAUGCCCCCGGUGGAAGCUCUCGAAUUUCAAGCCCGAACACAACCGGCGUUUCCGAUCUCCGUCCGCCGCGUGCCAGUCGGCGGUGCUCCAAGGCCGCCGGAAAUCGCAGGAGGAUCGAAUUCUGUGUGCAGUGGACCUCGGCAUCCCCUUCCCGGGUCCCAAGGGGGUUAAAGAAGUGAAGGUUGCAAUAAUGGCCGUUUUUGACGGGCAUAAUGGUUCGGAAGCUAGCGAAAUGGCUUCGGAGCUGCUGCUGGAGUAUUUUGUUCUGCACACUUACUUUCUUCUCGACACAACUUAUUCGUUCCUGGCGCGAAAAUUGGUAAAACAGCUGCCAAAUACAGGAGAAGGUGGUUAUCUUUUUCAGAAGAUUGAGUGGAAUGAAGAUCCUGAUCUACUGACACUGGAUAAUGGGAGGUUCAAGGUGACACUGUCUGCUAUUUUAGAUGAAUCUUUCCCCUUUGACUUAUUGAAGGAAGCAUUGUUGAGUGCAAUCCAUGAUAUUGAUACAUCAUUUUCUAAGGAUGCUUCCAAAUACAAUAUCAGUUCUGGAACCACAGCCACAGUUGUACUUCUAGCAGAUAAACGGAUACUUGUUGCUAACUUAGGCGAUUCAAAGGCAUUUUUGUGUUCUGAAAUAUAUCAGUCUCCAUCUGAGGCUAAAGCAACUGUCUUUAGGGUAGUUAGGGAGAGAAGAGCUGAUGGUGUUUCCUCAUCCUUAAAGGAGUACCAUCGCUUAAAGUCAAUGGUGUCGAAUGGAUGGACAUAUUUAAUUGCCAAGGAACUGACAAAUGAUCACCAUCCUGAUAGACACGACGAAAAAUCCCGGGUGGAAUCUGCUGGUGGCAAUAUUACGGAGUGGGCUGGUGUAGCUCGAGUCAAUGGCCAUUUGGCUGUAUCUAGAGCAAUUGGGGACAUACAUUUUAAAAAUUUCGGUGUAAUAUCAGUACCUGAGGUGACAGAUUGGCUACCAUUAACUGCGAACGACAGCUACGUGAUUGUUGCGUCUGAUGGUGUUUUUGAAAAGCUUAAGUCCCAGGACAUCUGUGAUAUACUGUGGGAACCACUUUCUCAUUUCACUACAUCCCCAGAUUUCAAUUCUUCAUGUUUAUACUCUUUAGCUGAUUGCAUAGUUAAUACUGCAUUUGAACGAGGAAGUAUGGAUAAUUUGGCUGCUAUAGCAAUUCCAGUGAAAGAACCAGGUUAUACCGGUUAUAUCGAAACUUUGCAGGACAGGAGUUACACGUCAAGUCCAUUUGAUUACUUGGCAGUAGGAGAUCAAAGUCAGAUCUAUGAAAAGUCAUCUGAUGACAAUACUUCAGUACUCGUGGAGCUGCAGCUGCUUCCGGAUGUUGCUAAGUUUGAUAGAUUGCUUGUUGAAGGAAAGCAUAACAACUAUGGCUGCUUUUAUUUAUCGGAGAACCUUGAUGUGAAUGAUGAUUACACAUUUUGGGUCCAUAAAGAUGACCGGGAAUCAGUGUCUGACCUGUCACCUGCGUUAACUGGCAUUGAUCAUUUUUCUUGGAGUCGUGAUGCAGGUGGACAUUUGGAUAUUUACAAUGACCAACAAAUAUGUUUGCUCUUUGGAAUGUAUAGUAGUGAGGAUAAAGAUCGGUGCAUGAAUUCUGGUAGCUUUGCUAGAUUCCUGGGUUUGCUCGAAUCAAUUCCUUUUCAUAAUACUGGUCAACAUGACCACGUGAUGUCAAAUACAAGGUAUGUUUUAAAAAAGAAGUUUGACCGUGGAGCAUAUGGAGAAGUUUGGCUUGCUUUCAAUUGGAAUUGUUCUCAAGUAGGAAAAGAUCUCAAAUGGUGGCAUGCCGAAGACAAUGUUCUUCACAGAAAUGAGAGCACAAGGGCAUAUGACGAGAAUAUAGCUACUAGUUUUUUCAAUGAACGCAACAAUUUUGGCCGUUCUGAUAAGGAUAUGUUCAUUUUGAAGCGGAUAAUGGUGGAAAGGGGAGCUACUGCAUACUUAAGUGGUUUACGGGAGAAAUAUUUUGGUGAAGUUUUUUUAAAUGCAUCUAACGCUCUACGAGGUUCAGUAUCUUCUGGAGAAUCAGAUUUUGUUUGCAAAACAUCUCAAUGCAAUGUCGAUGGCUUCAUAAAUGUUAAUGUAUCGGUCAAGCAAGAUAUUGAGGAACCUUUUAGUUCCGAGGAUGUGAAUUUUUGGGAAAAAAGACUGCAUGGAGCUGCUUAUGAAGAAGAAUUGAAUCAUAUUGCAAGAUAUGUUGAGUCUUUUGAGUCACGAUCUAAUGAGAUAUGGCUUGUAUUUCAUCAUGAAGGUACUUCCUUGUCGAAGCUUCUAUAUUCUGCUGAAGAAGUAGUGACUGAUGAAGAACAAAGUGAGCAUGGAAAGCGGCUUCAGAUAUUACGACCAUCAAAAUGGUGGCACUGGUUGAAGACUACAGAAGCAGGCCAAGAGGAACUCCGAAAUAUAAUACGGCAGUUGUUGAUGGCACUCAAGGCUUGUCACAACCGAAACAUCACUCACAGGGACAUUAAACCUGAAAACAUGGUAAUAUGCUUUGAAGAUAAUGACUCAGGAAGCUGUACUACAGGAAGUCCAAAUAGUGACAAGAAUUUUACUACUAAAAUGCGCAUUAUUGACUUUGGUAGUGCCAUGAAUGAUUUCACUAUAAAGCACUUAUACGGGUCAGUUGGGCCUUCCAGUGCUGAACAAACCUCUGAGUAUGCUCCACCGGAAGCUUUUCUUAAUGCAAGUUGGUAUCGAGGGCCAUCAAGUGUCAGUUCAAAGUAUGAUAUGUGGAGCGUCGGUGUGGUAAUGUUGGAGGUGAUUUUGGGGUCACCAAAUGUAUUUCAGAUAAACUCAAUAACUCAAGCCCUUCUUGAUCAGCAUCUCAAGGGAUGGAACAAUAGCUUGAAAGAGCUUGCUUAUAAACUUAGAGCGAUGAUGGAAAUGUGCAUCUUACUUCCUGGGAUAUCUUCAAAGCUUCGCCAAAAUUGGGGUACUGGUAGCCAGGGAUCGUGUUCACCAGUGCCCUGGAAGUGCUCUGAAGACUAUUUCUCAUAUCUAAUACGGAGUAGAGAUCCUCUUAAAUUAGGGUUCCCAAAUGUUUGGGCUCUGCGUCUAGUACGUGACUUAUUACGUUGGGAUCCGGAGGACCGACUUGACGUUGAUGAAGCAUUAAGACAUCCUUAUUUUCAGCAAACUUAA